UUUUUUUUUCCAGUUUCAUUGUUAGGCUUCUAGCUAUCCUGAAGGUUGGUUUCCACUUAUCACAGAGUCAAAGAUGAAUUCCAUGCAAACUGAAUUUUCAGGGUCUGAUUCUGACAGGAACUCGGAUGAACUGCAUGAUGAAUUUCCUAUGGGACAGAACCAAUCCCCUGAUAUCACAUCAGAAGACGUGGCGAGUGCUGAAGAUGUCGACGAAAUUGUGCGUUCACUUGAACUCACCUCAAAUUUAAGGCAGAAUGUAAAAUAUAGUGCAUUGGAGGAAGAUCAAAAUGAAGCAAAUGAUGAUGUAACGAAUAUAAAUGACAGAGAUUUAACUUAUGGUUUGAGGAACAUCUCAGAGAAGCUAUCUGCAGCACUUGUGAAUGUAAGUGGCAAAGAAGACUUGGUUAAGUUACAUGCUGAAGUUGCUGAAGAAGCCAUUGCAGGUUGGGAGAAGGCUGAAAAAGAAGUUGCAGGCUUAAAGAAGCAACUCGAGGCGCUAAGUCUCAGAAAUUCGGCUUUGGACAAUAGAGUUGCGCAUUUAGACGCCGCACUUAAGGAGUGUGUUAGGCAGCUAAGACAAGUAAGAGAAGAGAAGGAACAGAAUUUCCAUGAUGCUGUAGAAAACAAAACAAGGGACUUAGAAUCUGCGAAAAUUGAACUCCAGAGCAAGCUCAUUGAGCUCCAGAGUAAAUUGGAAGCUUCUAAUGCUAUAUCUCAAUCAAUUGAUCUUGAGAUGUUACAUAAGAUUGAAAUUUUGGAGAAAGAGAAUAUGAAACUGAAGCAUGAACUCCAAGCUCAAUCAGAGGAGCUUGAAAUAAGGACAAUAGAGAGGGAUUUAAGCACGCAAGCGGCCGAGAUAGCUAGCAAGCAACAUUUAGAAAGCAUCAGCAAAGUGGCAAAACUUGAGGCCGAAUGCCGGAGACUGAAGAGCACAGCUUGUAAAGGCUCGGCAGUUAGUGAUCAUAAAUCAAUUACAUCAUCCUCAUUUUGUGUUGAAUCUCUCACGGAUAGUCAAUCAGACAACGGGGAGAGGCUGAAUGCGGCUGAUAUUGAUGCCUGCAGGAAGAGUGGCUCAGAAACAGACAAGUGUGAGCCGAGUUCUGAUUCAUGGGCGGCUGCGCUAAUUGCAGAGCUUGUUCAGUUCAAGAAUGACAAGUGUGGACAAAUUCCAUCCAGUGCUAUUAAAAUUGAUCUCAUGGACGAUUUUCUUGAAAUGGAACGAUUUGCUGCAAUGCCUGAGAUUACAACUGAAAACUUUAACCAGGAGUCAGUUGUUACUGAUCAAAGUACUAACGGAGAAAUCUCCCUUGGAGAUGAGUUUGACACGAUGAACCGUCACAUGAAAGAACUAAAAGAGAAGCUAGAUAAGGCGAAUGUAGAUAAAUCUGAGCUGGAGAUAGCUUUGAUGAAAUGCCAAGAGCAGUUCGAGGCCUCGCAACUUCGGCUAAGAGAGGCAGACACAAAAUUGAAGGAGCUGCAAAGAGAGCUAGAAAAUGCCAACGAAUCAGAGCAAAUGAUAGAAAACCAACUAGCGAGCAUGGAAGCCGAGGCACAAUCAAUAACCAAAAGAGUUCAGUUAUUAGAAGCUGAGGUUGAUAGAGAACAGGCAAUGUCAGAUGAAAUCGCAAUCAAGUGUAAGGUACUGGAGGAAGAGCUAGAAAGCAAGAAGCAAAAUGAGAAAUUGUUGUUCAGUGACAUGAAGAUCAAACAGGAGGAUCUAGCACUGGCUGCAGGGAAGCUUGCUGAUUGCCAACAAACAAUAGCAGCUUUGGGAAAUCAACUAAAUUGCUUAGCAGCACUUGAAAAUUUCAAGUUGUAUUUAAAUGACACAUAACAUGAGUAGAUAUUCCAGAUAAAAAUGGAAUAGAAAUUGAAUGAGGAUGUAGAGAAACUAACUAUAACGGAAGCCAUUCACUUCUGAUGUAAUUCAGAAACUUUCUACUGCCAUCUGGAAACAAACAUAGUUCACAUCAUCUUUGUUUUCUGAAAAGGUUAUUCUAUUGUUGAACCAAGGAUCAAAACUUCUAGUGGACCAACU